AUGAGCUGGGCUCAGGCUCGAUUCUCUGUGCCUGCCCGCCCUCCCUUACCUCUCCUUCGCGACGGACUCGAUGCGGCUGAGCCGAGCUCAGCGCUGCUUGCUACGAGGCGUGGCCUGAUUUCUCAGCGAACAAACAAGGUAGGGGUUCUUGGCUGGUCAAGGCCGGUCAGAUCCGUGCUGAUGGACGUUCGGGCUGAUCCAGGCUCGGCCUCCGUCGGAUGCUGGGCUCGUUCGCAGGUGGGGCUGUUGCACCGUGGAGGGCAACACUGGGUCACUCGGCCCCCACUCGCCCGGAUAGCCCGGAGGAGUUCUCGCAGGAUCGCAAUUUCUUGUUGCGCAGGCUGCUCGGGGUAUCCUCGUCCAGCUGCGACAUUUUCGGGAUGCGCAACGCAUCUCGACGCGGCGAUGUGCAAGCGUGGCUGGCAGCAAUACGGCCGAGCGCAUUCCAAACAGCGCCGAAGGAGGGGCGAGGGACGAGUUUCGGCAUCGCCGAGUGAGCGUGAGACCGAGCGUGACUUGUGCAGGAGCGGGGCUGGAUUGGCACGACCCGACGACGACCACCAUUCACAUGGCUAUAGCAUUCGACGCCAGCGGUGGGCUCUUGCACCGAGCCGAUCUUGUUUGGGCCAGUCUGACGUCAACACUCUGUGCGCUCCGAGGGCUACAGGCUACCGCCCAUGA